AUGUUUGUCUGCCGCUGUCGUCGUACCUGGAAGAGAGCCCGGUCGGCCCCUCUCAAGACCACCUUUAGGUAUCGACGACAAGGGGAUCGCCACCGGACCCCGGCUCCCCGAAUUAAACCCAUGUCUCACAGCCCUUUGUCUCCUGUUUCCAUGCCCACCACUCUCACCCAUCUCAUCGAUGGCCAACCGGCGUACACGGUUAGGCAUCUACUGAAGGUUCGACCUCGGGGCAGGGGGUUCCAGUACCUGGUUGACUGGGAGGGUUAUGGCCCGGAAGAGACGUGUUGGGUCCCCGCUAGGGACAUCCUGGACGCAGGCCUCAUCGCGGAUUUCCAAUGCCGGCAACCCGCUCAACCAGAUCAAAAAAGUGUCGCGCAGAAUCCAGGGCAAUCACAAGUGGUCGAGAGAGUGGGGGGUGGGACCACUGACUUAACAGGACUGCGCACACCAGAACUCUGUAGGAGAGAAGUUCUUCACAAAGGUCCAGCGUUUGGGCGCAAAAGGGUGGAUUCUUUCAGAUCGGGCUCUAGCAUAGGACUGUCUCCCUCUCCCAGAGAUCGACAAUCAUCCAUGAGUUUUGAUCAGGAGCACUCACAACCGGGGACAAUGGCCGGAGUUCAGGCGGGAACACUUGGCUUCCCAUCUGAAUCGUUGUGCGUAAAGUACGGGGAAUUUUUAAAACACACCGCUGCCGCCGCAGCAGCCGCUGAGAGCAGUGGCGGGGAGCAGAGUCAGGAUGAUGACAGUGAUGGCAUUGGCAGGAGUGACAUGGUGCUUUUUCCUGAGGAAAGGCUCAUGGCAUCAAUGGCCAAAUGUGACGCAGGUAAGAAACACAAAGAGCAGAAAGUGCUGCGGCUGAACAUUAACGCCCGUGAGAGGAGGAGGAUGCAUGACCUGAACGACGCGCUCGAUGAACUGAGGUCGGUGAUCCCCUACGCGCACAGCCCGUCCGUACGGAAGUUAUCCAAAAUAGCCACUUUGCUGCUCGCCAAAAACUACAUCCUCAUGCAAGCGCAAGCACUUGAAGAGAUGAGAAGACUUGUCACUUAUCUUAACCAUGGACCCGGCGUUACCGCGGCGAAUACAUCUGGUGGACCCCGAUUAGGGCUCUAUGACCAGCAGACAGGAUACCCGUUCUCUGCUGGGACUCCAGACCCUUUCCAUAGCAAUGCAAAUCUCUUUAAUAAACACUUCAACCAUAAACCUUGAACAGUUGUGGCCGACGACACUAACAGGGGACUUCAAGCUUCGUGCACACAACUGAAUUGAUGGGACCAGCGUGACUGACUGAGAAGUAACCACAUUACCAAAAUAUGGAUUCUUACUGUAUAUGAUGUUAUAUAUUUCAUGGUGAUUAUGUAUCGAAAUAGCUGUUGUUUUUGCAACACCAAACGAAAUGACAGCUCCAUAACAUGGUCAAAAUGGUGAGGCUAAUUUGUCUUUAACAAAUUAUAAUGCAAGUCCAGUCUAUUUAUUUGACCAUUAUGUAGGCCUUUACUAAUUUUCUUCAGUUUGAAUAGAUGAUGUUCGAUGAAUAAAUUGUAUUGGUGAUA